AAUUUUAGAGUUGCAGCCAAUUCUAUCUCGCUAAGCAAUGAUGCUAGAGGAAGGUCCAUAAUUCAACAUAUGCUUAACCUCGACUUUACACACAAAACCACACAAGCCACGCCGCGCUUGCAUGCUGUAGCGACUGAAUUUCUCCGAGUAUCGAAUGAUGUAGCGGAGCUCCAUAAGCUUUCUUCCAAGCUGACGUCAGAUCCUUAUCUUUUUGUUGAGUUUGUCAAAACAAUAAGAGGCUUCCUCAGUGUUCAGACGGCCUUAGGACUAUCCGGAGAAAUCGAUACGGUUUUUCUCCAAGUUAUCAAGGGUUGGUUUCCCGAUCUUAUAACCGAGACAUUCAGUUUUCUCAUCGUGGUACGAAUCAUAAACCUUUUCAAUAAAAGAGCAAAUUCAAAAGUGUAUCCUGAUAUUCUUCGCAGAAUCGGAAACAAUGCUCUCUACCUAACAAGGAAUCCUCUUAGGGGAAUCUGCCUAGUAGAAAAGGCGAUUAAUGUCCGCGACCCGGACUGUACCGUGUUCAUCGCGUUAAAGCUUCAUAGUCACUACGUUGAGCUUUCGUUUGAGGAGCUAGGAAGCAACAUUGUGGAGAAGCUUCUCAGUGUUGGUGAGUCGGGAAUUUGUGGAGUGUGAUGAAGAGACGUUGGUGAGAUUAGCUAAAGAUGAAUAUGGGAAUAAAGUUUUGAAAAAGACUUUGGAAUUCGCGAAAGAACGUAGGGUUGAUUUGUUUCGUGAUCUCGUCGAGAAGCUGACGCCUUUGCUUGAUCUAUUGCGUGGAUCUCAAGGAAAUAACAUUGCCGCCAUCAUCGACUUAGACAAAAGUGAGGUUAAGGAUUCAAGUCUUUAUGCUGUUGCGGCUUAAUUAGUCUUUUUUUUUACAUCUCAUGAAAGUUUGGAUGUUAAGGUGUUUAUUUAUUUAUUCAAUUUUAUGAAUUGAUUAACCUCGUGGAGUUAUUUGAUUAUCUCUUUGCGAGCAAAAUUAUGGGCUACGUUUGAUGGAAAUAUUUGUGUGAUAAUGAUUGUGCCUGCAUAGGUAAAGUUCAGACUACCAAACAGAGCCUACUCUGAGAUGUGUCUCCAAAGG